AUGAGUUUGCUAAGUGUUCUGGCCUCCUUCUUGACACUGAUAUACUUUGCUAAUGCUGAAGGACUUGGAACAGUUAGACUGUACACCAAUGGCACCACCUCAUCAACACUAACUGCUGGAAUAGUCCAGAUAUACUAUGGUCAUUCCACUGGUACAAACACAUGGGGUAAUAUCUGUGAGGACAAUUCAUUUGGUCACAACGAAGCUGACGUCAUUUGUAACCAGCUGGGGUAUGACGGAGCUUCAACUUUUGGCAAAGCAGGAAGCACAGCAAUGUAUGGAACUGAUUCCCUUCACACAAUUAUUGAUGAUGUUACCUGUUCUGAUGAUGAUUUUUUAACACUCCAACAGUGUAGCUUUGAUACUACAAUCUCAAAUACAUGUGGUGACUCUAAUGAUGCCUUUGUCGUCUGCUAUACUACUAGAAUCUGGGAUGCUCCUUAUUCUGGACAGAUCCGUUUGCAAAAUGGAACUAAUUCUAGUUAUGGUAGACUGGAAGUAUAUUGUAAUGGACAGUGGGGUACAGUAUGUGAUGAUAGCUUUGGCUCAACUGAUGCUAGAGUUGCCUGCCGUCAGUUAGGAUACAGUGAUUCUUAUGCAUAUACCAGCACUGAUGAUCUUGGUGGUUCUGACACUCAGGCUAUCUGGUUAAGUAACAUUGACUGCAGUACUGAUUCAGAGAGCUGUCUUGCCUAUUGUGCUCACUGCCCUAAAGCUGAGAAUCAACCAUCACAGUGCUCACACAGUCAAGACAUAUCAUUAGGCUGUCAGUUUAAUUCUGACCAUCCAGUCCCCAGUAAUACCCUGGAGACUUGCAGAUAUGCUGAUGAUAUUGCUUCAACCAUCAAUGACCUUGCUGCCAUCAUUGGAGGAGUAGUUGCAGUUUUCAUUGUAUGCUGUAUCCUCAUAAUAACAGUACCAUUGUGUGUAUGUUGCUGCUUGGGUGUUGGAGUUGGAGCUUUAAUAGGAGGAAGUACAAGGAGGACAGGACUUCAACAAACUCCAGCAGCCAUUGAAGCUGGUGCUGGCUUAUCAAAUGCUAGAAAAAGUAAUCCAUUAUCAGGAACACAUCCUCCACCUUCAGGUGGGCAAAAGGAAAGACUUCCGGCUCAAAAGAAAAACCCUCCAACACAGAAAGUCACCAAACAAAAACCUGAGGAUGAUAUUACAAUGCAAGUAUGUGAACCAUAUGAACUUCACAAAACAUCUGGUGCUUUUAAUGAUGAAAGUCCAGCUCCACAAGAAGAACUACCUCCUCCAAUUGAAGAAGUACCUACUCCAAGAUCUCCUCCUGAAGAAGAAAUUACUGUUGCUGUAAAAGAAGAAGUUCUACAAGAAGAAAGUCCUCCUCCUCCUCCACAAGAAGAAAGCCCUCCUCCUCCUCUACAAGAAGAAGAAAUACAAGAAAUUCCUCCUCCAAAAGAAGAAAGUCCCCCUCCGCAAGAUGAAGAUGAAUUACCUCGUCCAGAAGAUAAUGAACUACCUCGUCCAGAAGAAAAUGAAUUACCUCCUCUAGAAGUACCUUCUCAACAUGAAGCAUCUCCUCUUCCUUCACAAGACGAAGUAUCUCCUCCAGAAGAUAAUGAAGUAUCUCCUUCAGAAGAUAAUGAAGUACCUCCUCAAGACGAAGUACCUCCACCUCCACAAGAUGAAGCUUCUCCACAAGAUGAUGAAUUACAUGUACCUCCUUCACAAGAUGAUGAAGUACCUCGUCCAGGAGAUAAUGGCGUACCUCCUCAAGAUGAAGUACCUCCUCCACAAGACGAAGCUUCUCCACAAGAUGAUGAAGUACCUCCUUCACAAGAUGAUGAAGUACCUCCUCCACAAGAUGAUGAAGUAUCUCCUACACAAGAUGUUCCUCCAGAAGGAGUUAGUAGUCCUGAAGUACAAGAGGUUCCUACAGCUGCUGCUGCUCCACAAGAAGAAAUACCUCAAGAGGAAGAGCCUGUGCGGCAAGAAAAUUCUACACUGCAAGAGAACGAAGAAGAGCAACCCACCACAGAGAUAUAAAACUAGCCCCCUCAGUUUCGCUCAGUUUUAACAAGCUGCUUUGUGUAGAUAGUACAUCGAAAUAUCAUUAUAGUUUAGAUUCCAAUUUUAUAAUGAUUUUACAUUUAUUUUAGUGUUAUUUUUAUA